CUUCCUGCUUAUAUUUCUUUUGGGUGGGCUCUCUGAACUUCUCUACACUAUGCCAGUGCAUUGAUUAUUAAAUACUUCAACGCAACAACAGCACCCACAUCUAGAAUACAAAAAAAGAGGUGGUUUCGGUGUUGUUUAACUGUCAGAAGCUGUGAGUAGCUGGUUUUAAAUCCGCUGCAAGCAGAGGUGUGGCGUAAUCAAAGCUGCGGAUAAACGUGUUGAAAUGGAGCGCCAGAUCAUCAAUAGCAACCAUCCGACUAAUUACGGGAUUUCCAACCCCGGUUAUGUUCCAGCAGCAAGCGGUGCACCAGCAAUGUUCGCCCCACCCGUGGCUGACUCCCAGGGCCCCAGCGCUCCUCCGGCCAGCAUGUUUGACAGCAUGCCUGGCUAUGAAGGAACAGUAGCAGGAGGAGGUGGAUUUCUGCCACCUCCAAUGCCUUCUGUCCCGGCCCCCCAGCCUCAGCCGGGACCCGAACAGCCGCACUGGAAUAUUCCAUCUAUAUCCGAAGACACUGCCCGGGAGGCCUUUAUCUUGUUUGCAUCCAGCAAAUGCUGCUACAAUUCUUCACCAGCGAAGGAUGGAGUGAUCACUGAUAUGGCAGCAUUCAAUACGUACAGGUACCGCCUGGAAACUUUUACUGAAACAAGAUCUACAAACUGGAGUCAGGAGCCAUACAACGGCCAGCCAGUGGAUGCCUAUACCCAACCACCUCCAGGGCCAUGGGAUAUUCCUGCUCAAGCCCCCAAUUUUUUUCUGAAUGGGAAACAGACUAUCAAGGUUCCAUAUACAUCAUCUGUGAAGAGCUGCCACAACUGUGUGGGAAUGGGGAGACAACCUUGCAAAGACUGUGCCGGUGCUGGUAAUAAAGUUUGUUGGGUGUGCAAUGGAUCUGGUUACCGUCAUGGAGAUGAUCGCUGUGGCCACUGCAGUGGCAGAGGACGGGAAAAUUGCAACCAGUGUCAUGGGCAAGGAUCAAAGCAAUGUGAUGUCUGCCGUGGAAAACAGCAGCUUCUGGUUUACAUCAACCUCACUGUGAAAUGGACUAACCACUCUGAUGACUACGUUGUGGAGCAGUCGAGUGGACUUCAGGUGGACAACCUGAGCAAGGUGUCUGGCAAGGAGCUUUUCAGAGACUCUCAAUACAUGGUAUACCCAGUGAUGGGCUUCCCAGAUCAUUUAGUGGUUAAUGCUGCUCAGCGCCUUGUCCAAGAACACCAGGCCAAGUUCUCCCAGACCUCACGCAUUCUACAACAGCGUCAAACAAUAGAGCUGAUCCCAGUCACCAAGGUCACCUACUCAUGGAAAGGGAACUCCCACCUUUAUUUUGUUUAUGGGAAUGAGUUCAAAGUUCAUGCUGACAACUAUCCGGCAACCUGUUGCUGUUCGAUAUUGUAAUCAAAAUGGUUGAGUUAUUUCCUUUCCAAGCCAGUGAACAUAACAAUAAGUUGGAUUUACAUACUAACAAAUCAGUUCUUCUGAUUGAUGAGAUGCUACCUGACAUGUGGACAAAUAUGACUUUGUUAAAGUUUUAUGUUCAUAAGUGUUAAAUAGAGGCUUUCGACUAAUGGAAACCUCUCAAGUUAGGAGAACUGAUGAAAUCACUUGAAUAAGUGCUCUUCAAGGCUAAACAGAAAGUCUGUUAUUUGAUUAAAGACAAUGUCAGACAAUUUCUACAUGCUAUUUGAAUGCAUACUCCAAAAUGCAACUAUGCUUACGAACACAAUAUACAUCAUAAUCAUAUUAUGUUUACUGAAUCAACAGUGUUUUUGCUCUCAUUUGGCAGUAUAAUAUAUUUUUCUGUCAUUAUUAAAACCAACUAUUUGAUACUGAAUAUUAUAUUUUUGCAGCAGUGCCAUUUAAAUGUUUGCAAUAUGUAUUUGCACCUAAUCCGUUUGCUUUUGUGGCAACACAAAUUGAUUUUUACUCCAAUGUCGAUCUAUUUUUCUAAUGUGUAUGAUUUUGUAAGACAAAUAUUUGUAUUACGUGCUUUACAAUAAUUCGUCCAUUUGAUUAAAUGUUAUUUCGCAAUGUU